GGAGACUCGCUGCAGGCGCCUCCGAUACUCAAGGACUCACUUACGCAUUACAGGAUUCCUUGAUCAUGCGCACUUCCUUAGUGAUCGCAGGAUAUCCAGCACUAAAGAGCUGCAGUAUCUCAGCCUUCGCUACGCCUCUGGCUACCUCCUGCGGCUGAGCCAUCAGAUGCUUGCCGAGUUCUCCUCCGCUCCCUCGCUCUCGUCGGCCUUCGCACCCGAACCCCCGCCAGAAAGUAAGCGAGCACGACGGCACCGACGAUCACCGCAUUCAUCCCCUGCGGCGCUUGAAGCGUGCCGAUGGACUCGCUGAGCUGCUCGGCAGCGGCAGCAGAAGAUGCUCCCGAGCUGGCGCCCAGGCCGGCGCACAGGGGAAGCAGCCCGCCGGCGGUGGGACGCGGGACCCGAGCCACCAACCACGCUGGUGCGGAGAGGCGCCCCUCCAUGCGGCAGUACGAAGAGCCGCCGUGUGCGGGUGGGGGUCCAGUGCAAGAGCCGCCCGAGCCGCCCAGCCCACCCCGAAAAAAUCCCCAGCAAUCCCGGCGCGGAGAGGCGCCCCUCCCACACCAGCCCUCCACGGAGAGGUGCCUCUCCGUGCGCCCAGACGUCGGAGACACAGAGACCAGAUGAGUGGCGCCGCUGGGGGGGCGCCCGGGCAGGUGACUCCGAAGACCCAGCGGCACACACCGGGCCGAGCCCAAAACAGCU